GGAGAAUAUAAUAUAUUAGUUAAAUAUACCACGGUUGAAAUUACAAUGCAUAGGUCACAUGUACUAUAGAUAUACAUUACAUAUACAGUGCAGUGUACAGUCUUUUUCAAAGUAAAUACUAAAAGAAACAAAGUCAUAAUUGACCCCUUUGGGUUGAUGAUGUCUUCAGUGAACAAAACAGGAGACUGCAAAGAGAAGGUUGAGGACCAGCCAUUAGACAAAAGAAAAAAAAACAAAUGUUCACUUUGGCAAAAGUACAAGGUGUAUUUUGCUCCCACAGUGCCCUCAUAAUGCUGAAUGGAUGCAUUUUUUAUUAAAAGACAAAAGCAUUGGAGCAUACUACUUCCAGUGAUGAGAAGUCAACUGCACAAACUACAUCGAGUAUAAUGGAAGGACAAAAGAAAAUGUAUGGUUGCAUGCAGUUUAUCUUAAAUGUAUAGUUAGAUACAGCUUAUCUGUAUGCAUAAAGCUUUUUUCCUCCAUUGCUUUUGCUAACUAUGUUCAUAUAUAAUGACAAAUCCAAACUAUCAAAGUAAUAGUACUCCAGCUGUAAACAAAUAAACAAUAGUAAUCUAUUUAACAGUAGAACUCGGUAACAUGUAUUGAUCUUGUUAAGUGCUCUUGGAUAAAGGAAUUAUAUAAAAUAUAAAAGACAUCAGGAGGUCAGACAACAGGCAGUCAAUAUAUACACUAAAUUCACUUUCUUUUUGACCCUACUAUUUGUGUACAGUAUUUGUAUGUAGAUGGAUAACGGACUAAAAUGGGAGGAAAUGCUAUUGUAAAUUGUCAUAGUAGGAUGUUUAGGCAAAAUAAACAGACAGAUCAGCUUAAAAGUGUCAUAGUACAGAUUACAGCGACAUGAAAUAUGUUUAAGCAAUGUGACAGCAUUCUUUAUUAAGAAACACCCAUUAUUUGAUGUUCAGUGAUUGUGGUGGAGAAUGUUGUCUAAUGCAUUAUUCAAGGAUCUACCCUAAAUAUUUAGAUCGCUUGAGGUCCAGUGCCUAAGAUGGCCAUAAUAUGUAGUUUGCAUUGCUGUCUUCCUCUCUACACCAUUCAUUACCUUCUUGUGUACCAUUCCUAUGACAUGUACACUGAUUUCUUUGUUUAUUUCAGUGUCCUGUUUUCAACAGCCCAUUAAGAACUUUAAUUUUUCAAACCUAGCAAGAAAACUACUAACAUUGUGACAUUUUGGAAGAAAAAAAAAACACCCAGUUAUCUCACAGUUACCUCUGUUAUUCUGGUAGUUAAUUAAAGUUAAACAAGGUAUGGAAUUCCUAUAUGAGAGAUUGUCUUAAAGAGACCCAGAAAAAAGGAAUACCAGAAAUGUCUGCACCAGUGUAAAAAUGGAUUGCAGAGGAUGCAUAGUAUCAAGUGAAUGAAAGUAUAUUAGUCUUAGUGUGUACUGUGAGACAGCAUGUGGUAUCAUAUAUACAUUAUGUUUGUAUUUAUGAAGCCAUAAAGUGUAUGGGCAUCAUAAGUACUUCAUUUGGAGACAAUGAAAUUACAGAUAAAGAGGUUUCUGCUUAUUAAACGUACUUCUGCUUCCCUGUGUCAGAUACAGUUACAUUUACUAAUUUAAGGAAAUUUCAUUUUUUAACAUCGGAAUCAUGUUAAUUUUGUUUAUAGUUAGAUCAGUAUAUGUGCUAUGAAAUUUUGACUUAUGUGUACGUCUUUUCAUCAACAGAGGAUGCAGAGUAUGUUUUACCACAAGAGGCAUUUCCCCUGCGGCAUGAAAUAGUAGACAACCCUUCUGCACCUGAGCACCUGCAGGACAAAGCUGAUUCACCCCAUGUUAGUGGAAAUGAGGCUGAGACAGUGUCACUGACUCCCAUUGAGUCCUUUUCCCUCAUAUCCAUUGCCCAUCCUCAGUAUGACAGCAACUUGUCUCCCAGCUUCUUUAGCCCUGUAGUGCAUGAGAUUCUGCAGUACUAUGCAGAACAGGGUGAUGUGCAGAUGGCUGUGUCCAUGCUCAUAGUCUUGGGAGAUCGGAUUCGCAAGGAGAUUGAUGAGCUGACACAGGAGCAUUUAUACACCUCAUAUGUUGACCUUCUGCAACGGUUUGAACUCUGGAAUGUUUCAAAUGAGGUGAUCAAGCUCAGCACCUGCAGUGCCAUAAACUGCCUGAAUCAGGCCUCGACUACACUCCACAUCAACUGUAGCAACUGUAAGAGGCCUAUGAGCAAUAAAGGAUGGAUCUGUGACAGGUGUCACCAGUGUGCCAGCAUUUGUGCUGUGUGUCAUCAUGUGGUUAAGGGCCUGUUUGUUUGGUGCCAGGGCUGCAGUCAUGGGGGUCAUUUGGAACAUAUCAUGAAAUGGCUAAGAACGAAGUCUCAGUGCCCAGCUGGCUGUGGACAUCUCUGUGAAUACACGUGAGAAGUUCAGUCUCCGUAAACAAGGUGGAGUCAUUUAAAUAUUGAUUUUUGUUUCUGGAGUAAAGCAGGAUGGAUCAUUUUGCAUUUUAAGAACUUAAUAAGACUGUGUAUCACAGCUUCUAAAACUGUUGGAACUGGUUUGACUCAAGGGGACUUUCACAUCGACAUGCAGAAACCAUCUUUUCCAGCAGUGUGACAUGUUAUAGCACACCCAGCAUAAUAGGUGCUUCCACUACCAAUGAUAUUCUAUUGCCAUGUUUUUGUGGAGCCAGAAAUCAUGUGAACUCAAGAUCAUACACUCGGCUUCCUCCGUAUCACACAGACCAGUGUUAAUUUUUGGAAAGAAAAACGGUCCAAUGUGAAAAUGUACAAAAAUCAUAGAGUGCAGAAUGGUACUUACAGCUCUCAGAGGUAUAUGUAUGAUUUUUAUAUAUAUGUAAAUAAAAAGAAAAAAGUUAACUUUACCUUUUAAUUUGUUAUUGACCUUCUAUUGUACUUGUUUUUUCUGUAAAUUAACUCUAAUUUUGAUGCUAAUUUAAAAUACUCUUUAUUUUAAUGUUUCACUUUACCACUUUAAACAUAAAAUAAACUAACCUCAGGGAAUAUUGAGGAGUUUUUAAUGCCAUUCUUAAACAUACUUUAUAACUACGACUUUAAUGUACACUCGGUUGGUAGAGGAUCAUAAUGCCUUCAUGUUUUCUUUUGACCUUCUUUUAUAAUUAAACUCUCCUUCAUACCUCAUACUUGUCAUUGUUUAUGUAGGCCAGUCAUUUCCCUGUUUUUUUGUUUCUGUCUCCCAGAUGACACAUUUCUAUACAGUACACUUUUUAUGUUUUUUUUUUAAGUUCAGUUUAUUUUGUAUAUAGUACUCUUCCAUUUACAGGCCCAGAUUGUAUAUAGUGCCCUUAUAUUAACAAAUACAGUAUUUGUAUACAGGAAAAAAAACACAAGCUAGCGUGCAAUAAAAAAUGUAUUAUGUUCACAGAAAUCUCAAUAAAUCUGAAUACACUGAA